AUUCCAAAGAUUACGCGCAAAGCAGUUAUGAGCGUUACGAUAUAGGACGCUGGUGAUUUGGAGGGAGACUUAAGAGACAAGGUUGAAUAAUAUUGUUGUUUUUUUACUAUUUUGCAAGUCGACAUAAGAUCUUACAUCGAUGGAUGUAUUACAUAAUUAAUAAGUUUGUAAAAUAACUUAAAAACAACAUGUCAGAGCUGACACCAGAUAUGGCUCCAAUUUUACUGCCAAGCGACUUCACAGCAGUUGAAAUUGAAUCUGAAAGUGACUCAGAUUCGGACGAAUCCUGUCCUAUCUCAAUUCCAUUUUCAAACGUUGACAAUAAUAUCAUGCUUAAAAAUUUACAAAACAAUGAUAAUUAUUUGGAUGUUCCACUAACAAUUUCUGAUACGGAUGAGAUGGAUAAUAAGAUGAAUAGCUAUUGUAGCAGCCAACCAGAGGAAACACCAAUUGUUGAUGUGGAUAAUAAAAUAAAUAGGUCUUCUAGCAGCCAACCAAAAGUAACAAUUGUUGAUGCAGAUAAGAUGGAUAAGAAAAUAAAUAACCAGCCAGAGGCACCACCAACUAUUGACUUAGGUGAGGUAGAUAAUAAAACUAAUGGCCCUUGUAUUGACCUGCCAGCAGCAACACCAAAAAAAUCUUGUGAAUCAAAAACAAGUAUCGACCCUCUCACGCCAACUACAAACUUGAAGAUGCUGAUGAAUGUUCUGAGCCCGAUGAUUCGUGACAGGGAGAACCGAAAAAAGUUUGAUAACUUAAUUGAGGCUGCUGAGAAGUCAAGAGAAGCGGAGAGUGUGAUGGAUGCCAAUGAUGCUCAAGGGGAUGAAGAAAAUGAUAAAAACAGUGGUGGUAAUCGAAAAGCAAAGUCCCUUGGGCUGCUUUGUCAAAAAUUUUUAUCUCGGUACCCUGAUUAUCCAGAGGAUGGACAAGUUUUAGCUAUUCCAUUAGACAUUGUUUCUAAGGACCUAAAUGUUGAAAGACGCAGAAUUUAUGAUAUAGUGAAUGUUCUUGAGAGCGUGGAGAUGGUCAGUAGAAGAGCAAAGAACAAGUAUGUCUGGCAUGGGAAAGCAAGUCUACUAUCAACCUUAAAAAGACUGCAGGAGAUAGGAGAAAAGGAAAAUUACGGAACAAGGGUGGCAAAGCUACGGCAUCUUCAAUUCCAGACUGACUUUGAAAUGGAUCUUAAAAUCUUUCCAAAGAAGAAACCACUGACAGACAGCUCAAAUUUACCAAACGUGCAGAAAGAUCAAAAAACAAAUUCAUGUGAAGAAAAAGCUGAUUCCAGAAAGGAAAAAUCACUUGGAGUUAUGAGUCAGAAGUUCAUCAUGCUCUUCCUAGUGUCAAAGGAUUCCAGAUUGAUAUCAUUAGAUGAUGCAGCAAGGAUUCUUAUAGGAGAUGAGAAUUUUCAAAUUGAUGAGAAUGCCAAAUUAAAAACUAAAGUUCGAAGGUUGUAUGACAUUGCUAACAUCCUCAGCAGUCUGCAGCUGAUUAAGAAAGUUCAUGUAACAGAGAACAGGGGACGGAAACCAGCAUUUAAAUGGAUCGGACCGCAUCCACAAGAUACAAAAAUCAAUAUAAGUACGGUUGCAGUUGAGAAGCGUCCUGUCACCAAACAUUCCCUCUUGGGCUCUCCAAUAAGCCUUAGUACCUCAUCUAGGAAAAGAUCAUGGGCACGGCACUCUUCGUUUAACAUGAUGUGUGAGACUAUAGAAAAGGAGAAUAAGGGUUUCUCUUCUGCUCCUAGUACCCCAGUUAAACAUGAACAAGAUCUUGAUGAAUCAUUUCAUGCUGAUUUUGAAGCUCUUAAACGAAAAUACCCUGCCCAAGUAUCCAACUUAGUUUCCAGAAACCUAUGCAAUGAAGACAAGAUAUCAGUAAACCAUCUUGUAGAUGAAACAAGUACAUUGAUACCACCACCCAACAUUAAGAUUGCUAAGAAUACUAUGACUGGAUCAAAUGGUUCUGGACCUUGCCGUGCACUGUUCGGUGAAAACACUGAUGUUAGCAACUCACAGCUUGAAGAAUCCGAGGUUAUUGGAAGUUGUGAACCUGCUGAUAUUUUGUGUUCUUCAGCAAACGGAAAGCAAGGUCUUCAAAGCUUACACAAGAGUAAAAGGUCUUUACUGAUUCCAGUGAAUAAGGAAAUAACCUACCAACCAAUAGAGAAGAAAACCAAAACUGAAGUGGAUGCACUUACUCUACUACAACAACAUGGGUUUACAAAAGCACAGUUAGACGAUCUGCUGAAAGAAGGCAAAACACUCAAAGUGGUGCGAGUGGUCCCUGGCACUUCAGGGGAUGAACCUGUAAAGAUGUAUGUCACAACAGAACCGGUUUCCACUAACUUCCACAACACCAGAGAAAAUAUACGAACAAAUGAAUUAGACAGCUUGACUAAUGACACAUGCAGUGGAACUGAAUCCAAAGAUGUGGACUUGUUGUGUCAGGAAGUCAUUAGCCCUCUGCCUAAAAAAUCAAUCAAGAAAGAAAUUCUCAAAGACGACAGAUGCAAGUCAAGUAUCCAGCACAGAAUAUUAACAGAAAAUACUUCUGUUGAUGGCAGUCCUUCUCCAGGAUCAUUAAAGAAUGGAAGCUAUUUUGAAAACAUGUCUUCUUCCAGUAACCUCAAUGAUACACCAGUUAAACUAGAUGGUAUUGAUAUCACAAAGUUCCCAACAAAAAAGCUUUAUAAUUCAUCACCUAUUAGUACAUCGUCACAGGGUAGGUAUCUUUUAUCAUGGUUGGCACCACCUGUCUCCCCUCAUUGCCAAUCAGUCUGUGGGACUAGUAUCGCAGAAAACGUUCACUCCCUUCCAAGUUCUACAGGAGUUGAUGCUCAAGCUUGCCUUCAUACAAAUUCAUGUUCACCAUCUAGUGUGAAGAUUAUGUCAGCUGAUGGUUGUCCUCUGGUACCUCCAUCUACCCAAAACAACAAGGCAAUGGAAGUGAAUCAUUUGGCAAUACCCCAUCCAAUUCAUCCUAGCCAAUUCAGAUGUCAACCUAUACGAUUAGCUCCUUCAACGGCUGGUAUCACAUCAUCCAGGGUUAGUCCAUAUCAAUAUCCCUACCUACCUCCGUCUCGCUAUCAAUUACCGGCAGGGAUUACAAGACCCGAGUUCCAUCAGCAAGAUGCAUCAUCUCUGUUAAAGGGGCUUACUAACCUUUCUCCUAUCCAACCUACCACAAGACCAAAUCCUUAUAUCACUCCACCAAGUGGUUCAAUAAUGCAAUGUGUAGUUAGUCACGGAUUAACAGCAUUAAAGCAUAAGAUGCCGGGAAAGAUUUCUCUCCCAGUACAGCGUCAACUGGCCCUUUCAAAAUCUCCUGACUCAAAAAUAUAAGUUACCCACCACAUCUUUGAUAGAAAAUGAUUUAUUGUUUUAGAAUAAUAUUCCAGAUUAACAAUUUAGAUAUCUGUAAAUUUACUGUAGUUUUAGUUAGCAUGAUUUUAGUUAAGGCUGAAAGGUACAAUUAUUUUUUAUUAUUGUGGAAUUAUAUAAUCCACAAAAGUACUGUAUGCCAAUUAUUAUCAUAUUAAUAUUAAUGAUUAAUUUUAAAAAGGGAGCAUUUUAAAUAUUUUUUUAAAUAUAAAAAAAAACUUAUUACUGUAUUAAUAUCUUUAUCAUUACUAAGUAAAUGCACCACUAUAGCCCUGCAAAUGAUUAUUUUUUUAAUUUAAACUACAUACAGUACAUGCAAUUGCAAUAUAAUUGUAGACUUAACAUUGUGAAUAGUAUUGCUACAUGAUGUGAGGAAGAUGUUGUCCUAAUAAAAGCACACGGUGUAUGCAUACAUUUUAAUGAAUAUUGAGUAAAGCUUAAUAAAUUUUAAAUUCUGUUAUACAGAUGUACACUACCUUUUUAAAAUAAACAAAUUCUGCUGCAUUUUACCUAACUGAUGGGAUACCAACAUAAUUUAAGAUUUGUUGAAUAAUUAUUGAUGAGAUUACUAAAUGCUGUACAAGAUGUUUGUGGUGCUGAUGACAGUGAUGAAAAUAAACUUAUACAUUUCCAAAUA